AUGGUCCGCCACAAAAAAGACAACUUCUCACGAGGAGGAAAGAAGUCCAACAACCCCCGCCCCCGACCAGUGCCCCGCGGCGAUGAUGAAGAAGCAGGCGCGGGUGUGUCGCGACCUGCCUACAAGGCCGCUUGCUGGGACAUGGGACACUGUGACCCCAAGCGCUGCUCAGGAAAGCGAUUGAUGAAACUGGGCCUCAUGCGGGAUCUACACGUUGGCCAGCGACACCCUGGUGUGAUCGUCUCUCCAAAUGCGAAGCGGAUUGUUUCCCCGGCAGACAAGGAGAUUAUGGAGCAAUACGGUGCCGCUGUAGUGGAAUGCUCUUGGGUGCGAGUCAAAGAAGUGCCUUGGUCGCGGAUCGGCGGAAAAUGCGAAAGACUCCUUCCAUACCUUAUUGCCGCUAACACAGUCAACUACGGAAAACCAUGGCGUUUGAACUGCGUUGAAGCGCUCGCCGCUUGCUUUGCGAUUUGUGGCCGCCUCGAAUGGGCGGAAGAUAUUCUCAGACAUUUCAGCUACGGGCCAUCAUUUUUGGAAAUCAACAAGGAGCUCUUGGCGAGAUAUGCUGCAUGCGCCACGGAAGAGGAAGUCAAGAAAGCCGAAGAGGACUGGCUCACUAAAAUCGAGCAAGAAUACGAAGACAAUCGUGCCGAGGGAGGCGAUGACAUGUGGACGACAGGAAAUACCAACCGAAUGCCCGCUCGUGGGUCUGACGACGAAAGCGGAGACGAAGAUGACGAUGAGGAGGGUAGCGAGGAAGAAGAGGAAGAGGACAAAGAUCCCUUUGCGAUCUCUGAUGAUUCAGAGGAUGAAGCUCAAAUGGCUGAGAUCCGACAGAAGAUCUUGAACUCAAAGUCAUUCCAGAACCCCGACGACGAAGAGAAGCAGCAGCCGCAGAAGAUCUCUCGACCGGAGCAGGUGUACGUUGACUCGGACGCUGAGUCUGGCUCAGCGGGAAGUGAGGAUGAAGCCUUCGACAACAUUAUCAAUGCCACCACAGUCACUGAUCGCACUGGGAUCAAAGCAAUCCAGCAGAGGCGCGCAAAAGAGACUGUCACUGCUUCAUUCUCUCGGGCUGAGAUUUCUGCCCCGAAGAAAUGGUGA